AGCAGGAGGAGCCCAGUGAAGCCGGAUGCGAGCCGCCGGUGAUGUCAGAGUCAUUAGCAUAUUUCUGACUAUAUUUAAUGCUUGCGCAAAGACGCGCCACCACUGCUGCAGCGCACUGACCAGACCGGAGACCUUCCAGCCAUCAGCCCGCACCUCGACUUACCUGCAACGAUGAGUGACAAGAACGACAUGUCAGAAGUGACCAACUUCGACAAGAGCAAGCUGAAGAAGACAGAGACGCAGGAGAAGAAUCCCCUGCCUUCAAAAGAAACCAUCGAACAGGAGAAGGCGGCAGAGACAUCGUGAAGCCCCCUCCCUCCCGUCAUGCACUGUACACCCCCCGACCCCACCCCUCCUCCCGCAUUGCCUUGUUUUCAGUCACAUCUUUUAGCUGUAUAACUUUGUAACCAAAAUUAUGAAACGACAAAACAUAACCGAGCUGCGCCGCCUGCGGACGGAUGAUGCUUUCGUCAGGGCAGUCGCCCCCCGGGCACCACCUUCACGCUAGUCUUUCCUGUCGGGGGGAGGUGAGGAGGAUUUGUCUGAGGCGGAGCGAGGGGAGGGGAGUGGGAGAGGAACCUGCAGAAGAUGCUCGCAGAGGUGCAAAACCAACAUCAACGAGCAGCAGAGAAACACAGGGCGUGGCCUGCGGCCUGCAUCCCAUCAUCAUCUCCCCAAAAAAACACCAACGCCAAACUUCUUGUGUUUCUGCUUUAGCACCAAAGCUGAGGUGUCAAGCUUUUUUUUGGUUGUUUUUUUUAUUGUUUUUCGUCUUCUAAUUUUUCGGAAAUGCACAACUUUGUUUGUACGCUGGCCAAAAUGUAAAUUCCCCAAAAAUCUAUACUGUUUUCUGUCACAAUGAGUUUUUUUUUCUUUUGUAUGUUCACAAGGUAACUGAUUCCAUCUAGAUCUGGGAGAUGCACAAAGGGACCCUUAUUUACGGUUAAAUUGUAACAUACUUUGGCCCCUUUUGUCAGAAUUAUUCAGGAUGGCUCUUCUCUUGUAACCUGUCUCUGAAUUGUCUCCCUGUAGAUCUAAAUUCUGUGGAGUUCUGUAAAGUCCCAGUAGUCAUGUUACUCUGCCACAAACCAUUGCCAGAAAUGGAAAAACCGUGAAAUGUUGUAAUAAAAAAUUUGUUACUAAA